ACCGCCUCCGCCCAACCGCCGCCAUCACUACAAGGUGCCACUUUGGCCCGUUUUCAUUCUCUGCCCGCAAACCACACACACCUGCUCACCUUUGGCACCUUAACUUCAACUCAAUUCCAUAUGCAGCUACAGUUCAAGUGUUAGGCUCUGUAUCUAUUUCAACUGGGCACAAACCAUUCUGCUCGCACACACACACACUGUGCCUACUAGUAUAUUUCCUAACUUCCGAGGGAGGAAACGACCAUGGCGCCUUCAGUUCUGCAGAAUGGCGGAUUCGUUUUGGGCUUGAUCGGCGCGGCAGCCCUCACCGCAGCUACUGCCAUGAACAACUGGAGUGCCAAGGACAGGCAGGGGGAUGUGGUGACGUCUGUGUACACCUACAAGGGUCUGUGGCAGGACUGUGAGACCGCUUCCUCAGGAUUCACCGAGUGCCGCCCGCUCUACGGCCUCCUGGGCUUCUCAGGAUCUUUCCAGGCGGUGCGAGCCCUGAUGAUAGUGGGCGUGGUGCUGGGGGUCCUCGGGGCCUUCAUAUCAGUGUUCUCACUGACCUGCCUUACAAUGAACAGCAUGGCGGACACCACCAAGGCCAAGAUGAGCCUCACCGCUGGCAUCAUGUUCAUCAUCGGCGGUGUGUGUGGCAUUGCUGGGGCUUCCAUCUAUGCCAAUCAGAUUGUGGCCAGUUUCCGGAUGUCCAGCAUGCAAGGAGGGUAUGGUGGAGGAAUGGGAGGAGGAAACAUGCAGGGAGGCUUUGGUGGAGGAAUGGGAGGAGGAUUACCCACAUACACGUUUGGCCCUGCUCUGUUUGUAGCCUGGAUAGGAGGGGGCGUCCUGGUCAUUGGGGGCAUCCUCAAGUCACUGGCAUUCAAGGAAAUGGUGAAAGAUGAAAAACCACUUUACCCGGGGGUUGCUUACAAACCUCAGCCCCGCACCAAAAGCGACCUCGGUGAUUACCAUUCAGAGGGCGGCAAGAAAGACAAAGAUUACGUGUAACUUCACACAAAGCUUAAACACUGGCAAUAUGUGUUUGCUUAAGGCGU